UCCCGGAAGUGCCCUCGCAUUGUUUACAUCCUGGUCUUUGUUCCAUCAAAAUGUCCAAAAAACGGUCCAAAGCCUCCGAGACCCGGAGCCUGAGAGCCGUGAUCGACCAGCAGCUCACGGCGGUCGCGGACCACAUCGUGUGGCUGCUGAAGGAGCGCGGACAGGCGGACCUGGAGGAGCUGAAGGAGCUGGUGACGGAGCGGGUCACCGCGGCCGUGGAGGAGAUCUUCACCGCGUUCAGAGCCACCAGGGCGGCCGACAGAGACCCGGAGGGGCACGGGCAGAGUCCGAGACCAGGACCAGAAAGGACAGAGUUGUGUCUGUCGGUCGGUGUCAGGAGUCUCUCUGAUGAAAAACAUCUGAAGCCGGACGUCUCUGUGGACGACCGACCGAAGGAGCCUCUCCCCGGCUCUUCCUCCAGACCAGAGACCGUCGCUGAACCAGAACACCAGCUGGCCUCUGCUGAGGAUCCGACGGAGGAGGAGGAGGAGGAGGAUGAUGAUGAUGAGGAGGCGACAUCUCACUGCUGCAGGGUGUGCGGGAAAUCCUUUGACAGGAAAGGCUUUUUGAUGAAACAUGUGGAGAAACACUUGAAGGAAGCCGAGUGUUUGUGCGGUCUGUGCGGUGAGCGUUUGGAGUCCAGUGACCGUCUGAAGCUUCACCUUCAAACUCACCGCGACCUCAGCAGGACCUGCGAUGUCUGCGGCAAGAAGUUCCCCUCGAUCCGAGCGCAGGAGACGCACCUGAGGCUGCACACCGGAGAGAAACCCUUCAGCUGCCACAUCUGCAGAAAAGGCUUCAACCAGAAGGGCAACAUGGUGACGCACAUGAGGAUCCACACGGCGGAGAAGCCUUUCAGGUGCACUGUCUGCUGCAAAGAGUUCAGCCACACCGGCUCUCUGGAGCGACACAUGAAGGCGCACGACGGACAGACGCCAUUCAGCUGCAAAGUCUGCAGGAAAGGAUUCGCAAAGAGCGCCGAGCUGAGGCGACACGUACGGAGCCACGAGCCAGACGACCAGCCUGCCGCCAGGAACCGACGCAGGAAACCGAGUCUGACUCCUUCCCACUGCUGCACGGUCUGCGGGAACGCCUUUCACAAUAAAGGUAACUUUGUGCGGCACGCAGAGACUCAUUUGAAUGAUCCUGAAUGUCGCUGUGGCGUCUGUGGAGAGCAGUCAGACUCCUCAGAGAGUCUGCAGAUCCACAUCCAGAGCCACAGAGAAAGCAGCAGGAUCUGCGACAUCUGUGGCAUCAGCUUCAGGGACAUGGAGAUCCACAUGAGAACGCACACCGGCCAGAAACCCUUCAGGUGCAAAGACUGUGGUAAGGACUUCCCCAGGAAAGGUUCUCUGGAGCGACACUUGAAGCUGCAUGCCGGCGAGAGGCCGUACAUCUGCGAGUUCUGUGGGAAGACUUUCAUCGAAAACACCGUCCUGAAGAGACACAUCAAGAGCCACACGGGCGGGAAGCCGAGGAUUUACUCCUGCGACGUCUGCGGCAAGAAGUUCACCAUGAGCCAGCAUCUGGACGUUCACAAGAGGAUCCACACGGGGGAGAAACCAUACACCUGCAGGGUGUGCGGGAAGAACUUCCGACAGAUCGGCAACCUGGACUCACACAUGAGGAUCCACACGGGCGAGAAGCCGUUCAUCUGCAGCCUCUGUGGGAAGAGGUUUCGCCAGAAGAUCUCGCUGGAGACGCACGAGAGGUUCCACAAGAAGGAGAAACCGUUCGGCUGCCAGCUAUGCAGCAAAGGCUUCGUUCAGAAGAUUGACCUGAAGAGACACAUGCUGACACACACUGGGGAGAAACCCUACAGCUGCCGGGUCUGCGGGAAGCGGUACCAGGAAAAACGCUCGGUGGACUCCCACAUGAAGGUCCACACCGGAGAACGAGCAGCCAAAGAUUCAGCUGUGACGCCGAACCUGAAGCGACAGGAAGUAGUCCACACUGACUUCAUCCAGCUGCACUUGUCUUCAUAUGAAAUGGUGAAAACUGACGUCUUCACGUCUCAUUCUGUCCAAAACCUAAAGAGGUUGAGUUCAGUGAGACCCGGAGCCGUGACACUGUCAGUUUCCUCACAAACUGACGGAUGGACAGGAAGUUCAGAGGCCAGUGAGGAUGACAUCACACACACAUCCAGCAGAGGUCGCUGUGCGCGCUCUUCGCUUCGCUCUCCUCUCGGCGAACUGUCGUCGACGCGGAAGUCGGUGCGUGUGUUUACCUCCCCGCUGGCUGCCUUUGUUCGCUGGAAGGCUCAAAGUGCGCAGAGCAGGAGGAAGAUGUGCGCCGUGCGGCUGCUGCGGGUGUCGGUACACGAGCGGAUCAGCGCCGCCGCCGAAGACUUUCUGCUGCAGGUGGAGAAAGGAGGAGAAACGGCUGAAAUCCCGGCGCUGAGAGCGCUGCUCACCGAGCGGCUAACGGCGGCGGCGGAGGAGAUCAUCGGUCUGUUGGAGGAAACCGUGGCGGAGUACGAAGGCAGAGUGGAGCGGUCAGAGCGGGAGAUCUGCCGCCAGAGGAGGCUGCUCGAUGCCGUGCUGAAGCCCGAAGUCCGGCUGCACAGAGCAGUGUGUCCUGCAGAUGUCCAGCAGCUGUUGGUGAGGACAGAGGAGUGUCCCUCCGAGCAGAGGAGCCCCAGCCCGGACCAGGAGGACCCAGAGCCCCCCCACAUCAAAGAGGAAGAGGAGGAGCUGUGGAGCAGUCAGGAGGGAGAGCAGCUUCAGGACCUGGAGGAGGCUGAAAUCAGCAGGUCCACAUUCAGUCCUGUCCCUGUGAAGACUGAGGACGAUGAAGACAAGCCUCAGUCCUCACAGCUCCAUCAGAGCCACACUGAGGAGACCUGUGGAGGACCAGGACCUGGACCAGCCAGGACCUCAGAGCCAGACAGACAUUUGCAGCCGGUCAGUGAUGAUAAUUCUCUGGACUCUACUGAAACUGAGGACAGUGAUUGUGAUUGGACACAGUCCAACGACGCUGCGUCAGGUACAGAGGCUGUUAGAAACCGCGAAGCCGCUGAGACAGACGUGGGAUCUUCGGUGAAGGAGCGACCCUUUCCCUGCUCCUACUGUGGGAAAAGAUUCAGCCUGAAGGGAAAUUUAAACCGACACAUCAGAGACCACACAGGUGAGAGGCCGUUUCCCUGCACAGGCUGUGAGAAAUCGUUUAAAGACAGCGGGUCGUUAACGGCACACAUGAGGUGUCACACGGGAGAGCAGCCGUACAGCUGCUUGUUCUGUGGGAAGAACUUCAGCGGGCGGGGAAACAUGACCAGACACAUGAGGAUCCACACAGGAGAGAAACCGUUCACCUGCUCUGUGUGUAACAAAAGCUUUCACGUCAAAGAACACCUGAACAGACACAUGAAGUACCACACGGGGGAAAAACCCUUCAGCUGCUCUGUCUGUGGGAAAGGAUGUGCUCAGAAAACAGACCUGAAGAAACACAUGAGGGUCCACACGGGGGAGAAACCCUUCAGCUGCCCCUUCUGCGGAAAGUGCUGUGCUGAGAAAGGAGACUUGACCAAACACAUGCGAGUCCACACGGGGGAGAAACCGUUCAGCUGCAACAUCUGCGGUAAGAGCUGUGCCCAGAAGGGGAGCCUGAAGAUCCACAUGAGGAUCCACACGGGAGAGAAACCCUUCAGCUGCUCCGUGUGCAGCAAACGCUUCACGGUGACGGGACAUCUGAAGAGACACAUGAAGCUGCACGCAGCAGACGGUCAGGUGACCCAGUCUGCACACGCGUGUUCAGGAAAGCUACAAAGUGAAGUCGACACCAUGGAACCGCUGAACGCGUCGUGACGUUCCGUCACUCAGGAGCGAACACGAAGCCUCUGAGUCUGGGACGUGGAGCAGGACGCAGCCACGCAAGCCGCUGUCCAUCAAGCUUCUCAGACUCGUGUCAUCGAAGGAUGCUGAUUAUUCACUGCACUCAGUGAUCGAACUGAUCAAUAAUACAUUGAUUGAUAAUGUAGAAUAUAAAAUGUGGUGUAACAUCCACAGAACGUACUGUGGGUUUGUACCAGUGUCUCUGUCCCCCAGAGCUCGAUCACAGCAGCAGCUCGGCCUUCGUCAUGGACGACCUGGACUGGACCUGCUGCAGGUCUGAGAGGCUUCACACACACGGUCUGUGGUCUGCAGGACGUGGACGGGUCGGACAGACAGCUGCAGGACCUGAGGAAGAGCUCUGAACCGAGCGGAGGACAGACAGAAACCUGUUUGCUUUGUUGUGACUGAAACACACGUAAUGUGCUUUUUACUAACUGUUGUACAGAGAAUAAUUUCAGCAGCUGCUGAUCGUGUGCUGUGAGUCUCCUCAGGUUGUUUCACGGCAGGUUUUUAUUCUCACAAACAGUUUAAACAAAUCAACACUAACAACAUUUAAUCACAUACAAAUAAAACAUCAGUGUGAUUCUGUGCAAACUUUUAUUUUAGAGGUAAAACUUCAGAACGUGUGUGAGACUCUUUGCCCUGUGUUCAGUCUGACAGGCAGAGCUGCCUUAUGACCAGCUCCGUAAUCAGGGUAGAGCUGGGUGUUGAUGCACAUGAUGCUAAACACUUGUUAGUGGUAAAAACACGUGAUCUUAAACUGUAGAACGUCAAAGAACGAGUUCCCGCCACAGCAGCUGCUGUGCCAGAUGUGGCUCCAUGUAAACACCUGGGUCACGUGUUGUUGCUGUCAUCACGUCAGUAAAAUCUCGCGCGCUCUUGUAAUAGAAGCGUCUGUAGUUUCCGCCUUUCUC